CACUCUAAUCACCAUCACCAGGAUAUACCGAAUCUCUAGGAUCGCCAAAAGGACCGAACCAAAAUUGAUCACAAAAUUCCGGAAAACAUAAAAAAUAUAAUAAAAUCGAAAGAAAAAAAAACCAGAAUGAGCCGACUGUUCUGUAAAUCGCUCCUGCUAACUCCCUCUCUCGCUUCCGCUCCGGUAAGAUUCUCAUUCAAGUCCAUUUCAACACCGUCUUCCACUUCCAGGGUUCAUCGUAUGGCGACCGAGGCUUCGUCGUCACCGUCAUCCAAUGCAGACCGCGAAGCAACCUCUUCUUCUUCGUCUGCCCCCGCUUCCUCUGCCAUUGAUUUUCUCUCGCUGUGUCACCGCCUUAAGACUACGAAACGAGCUGGAUGGGUGAAGAGAGAUAUAAAGGAUCCAGAGUCCAUAGCUGACCAUAUGUACCGAAUGGGAUUAAUGGCUCUGAUUGCUUCUGAUAUCCCCGGUGUCGAUCGAGACAAGUGCAUAAAAAUCGCCCUUGUUCAUGAUAUUGCUGAAGCCAUUGUUGGGGACAUAACGCCCUCCGAUGGGGUUCCAAAGGCUGAGAAGAGUCGAAGAGAGCAAGAGGCAUUAGACCACAUGUGCAAAUUACUUGGUGGAGGGAAAAUAGCAGAAGAGAUAGGUGAAUUGUGGAUGGAGUAUGAGGGGAAUUCCUCGCCAGAAGCUAAAAUGGUCAAGGACCUUGACAAGGUCGAGAUGAUACUUCAAGCCUUGGAAUAUGAAAAGGAUCAAGGAAAGGAUUUAGAAGAGUUUUUUCAGUCAACUGCUGGGAAGUUUCAGACUGAUUUGGGCAAAGCAUGGGCUUCAGAGGUAGCAUCAAGAAGGAAAAAGCAAGGCUAAUUUAUACUAAAUUUUCUGCAGUUGCGCAAGAAGAAAAGCUUUAAUUACUUUUCAAUCUGCUCUUGACGUGUACAUCGUCGAUUCAUAUUGUUUAAUAAGAAGACGAAACAUUUUAAUGUAGCUUCUAGGAUUACCUUAACUCUUAAGAUUCACUUGAAGUUCUUAAUACAUGAUUCCGUUAACUCGUAA